AGGCUUGACUAAACCCUCCCAGUUUCGGAGGUGCUUUCCUCACUCCUUGCUCUACCCAUCACCUGCCUCAAAGCUUCUCCACUAGGCAGGUGCGGCGGUGCCAGCCUCUCGCAGCGUUGCACAGCACGUGCGUGCCACUCGUCACCUCCUCCUAGUCCUCGCACGCCCUGGGACUGGCCGCUCCCUCUCCUCCGCCCCCUUUCCUACACGGUCUUCCCUUACCCUCCCUAACCCCGGGACCCCUCCCUCGCAGGGCGGUGCGCGCGCUACACUCGCGCGGGUGCUGCGCGGGAGCUGCUGCCACCACUGCUGCGUGCUCCUGCUCCUUCCCCUCCGUAGCAAAGAGAAAGAUACAGGGAGGAAGAGGGGGAAAGAGGGAGGGAGCCAGGUGUCUUGGAGCUUUCCUGGGGCAAGCUGCGAUCGCUCCUGCCUUCUGCCUAGCACUAGGGCUCCAGGUGCCGAAAAUCCGCUUCAGCUCCCACCCAGGACCUCAGUUUCCUUCCUGCCCCGGCUCCGCGGGCUGCUUCUACCGCUUUUCUGACCAACGAAGCCCAGGCUGCUGGGCACCUCUCCCGCUGCACACGCUGCACACGAGUCGAGUCGCGUGGUAGGCUACAGAGCCGAGAUCCGCUGCAGCCUCUGCCGCCUCCGCCUCCGCCUUCGCCUUCGCCUCCUCCUCCGCUUCCUGCGGCCGGCAAGGCUCUCCCAGUCCCUCAGAGGGGGUGCCUUCUCCGGACACUUUGAGGGGGUGGGGAAUGCAGCUAGGGGAUGGCAGUGCGUCUCCCCUCACCUGCCGUUGGGAACGCUGAGACGGUUGAAAAUCUGUCUAUGAGAACUUGACAGCUUUUCCUGUUGAUACUUUCCCUUCCCCCACACUCCCAGCACCAGGAAAGCCCCAGAAAGGUAAACUCAGCAGGAUCACCAUUGCUUCAGCAAAACAGACAUAUCCCUGAACUACCAGCAUUAAGUCUGAACAACAGGGAGGAAAUUCUCCACCAUUUCAUUUUAUCUGGUCUACCUGUCCCCUUCAACAGGAAAAUUGCUAUAUAAUCGCACAAGAGCAGUUGCUUCUGAAACAGAGUCCAGAGUGCCCCGGGGGAAAAUUGGCUGAAUCAAAGCCCACAGACUUCUAGCUGGGUACCUACAACCAUUGAGAAGAGGGAGUCAAGUUAAAACAUCCCCAUUGAACAACAGUCAGGGUAAUCAGGACACCACGGCUCCUCCUGAAGCGAUGGCUCAGCCCUACCCCCAGGCCCAGUAUCCCCCACCGCCACAGAACAGCAUCCCCACUGAGUAUGUGCCACCCCACCCUCACCCCACACAGGACUACUCGGGCCAGACCACAGUACCAGAACAUGCCAUGACCCUCUACACACCAGCACAGACCCAUCCAGAGCAGCCAGGCACCGACGCCAGCACACAGCCCAUCACUGGGACACAGACAGUACCGCAAACAGAUGAAGCUGCACAGACAGACAGCCAACAGCUACAUUCCUCAGAGAACACAGACAAACAGCAGCCCAAGAGAUUGCACGUCUCCAACAUCCCCUUCCGGUUCAGGGAUCCUGAUCUACGGCAAAUGUUCGGGCAAUUCGGAAAAAUUUUAGACGUGGAGAUCAUUUUUAACGAACGGGGCUCCAAGGGAUUUGGGUUUGUAACUUUUGAAACUAGCACAGAUGCUGACCGAGCACGAGAGAAGCUGAAUGGGACAAUCGUAGAGGGACGGAAAAUAGAGGUAAAUAAUGCCACAGCUCGGGUAAUGACCAACAAGAAGACCACGAAUCCCUACACAAAUGGCUGGAAGCUAAACCCCGUAGUGGGUGCUGUAUAUGGACCUGAAUUCUAUGCAGUGACAGGAUUCCCAUACCCCACAACGGGCACAGCAGUGGCAUACCGAGGGGCACAUUUACGAGGUCGGGGACGGGCUGUAUAUAAUACUUUCCGGGCUGCACCACCUCCUCCCCCCAUUCCAACAUAUGGCACGGCACUGGAGCAAACGCUUGUUAAAAUGCCAGUCCCAUGGGCAGGGCUGGCACCAUGCCCCCUCCCUCCUCAGCAGACAUCGGAGCCGGCCUACCCCACUUCUCCAGCGUUCCCACCACUUUCUUGUCCGUUUGCUUCCAGGGUCGUGUAUCAGGAUGGAUUUUAUGGCGCAGAGAUUUAUGGAGGUUAUGCUGCCUACAGAUAUGCUCAGCCAGCAGCAACAGCAGCAGCUUACAGCGACAGUUACGGCAGAGUCUAUGCAGCUGCUGACCCUUAUCACCACGCCAUUGGCCCUGCUGCAACCUAUAGCAUUGGAACUAUGGCUAGCCUCUGCCGAGGAGGGUACAGCCGCUUCACCCCCUACUAGCAAGAGACCCAGCCCCUAACAGCAUUCACACUGACUGCUUAUUCCAAACCAAACCAAACAAACUAGACACCAGGCAGAUCCUCCGGGAAGACAAACUGCCCCAGCGGGUCAGGGACAUUCACCGCUGACCCUCCGCGACUCUAAAACCAUAGAUUUUUACCUCCAGUUGUUUCUCCCUGCCCCAUGAUGGUGUGUGUGUCUUUAUCCAUGACUGUACCUGUAUGUUUGUAACUAAUUUCCUGUAUUGAGUUUGUCGGUGUUGUUCUACUCCCAAACCAUCAAGGUAUGGUAUAAAAACUGGGGGCCAUGGGAGGGGAGGGGGGUAAGAGGGGAAGAUAGAAAGUCAAGAAGUAGAGCCUGAAGUCAGAAGGUCAGUCCCCUUUCCCCAUGGCUCUGACCCUUCAACAUAUAGCUAUCCCCAAAAAGGUUAGCAGAAGGACCUCAUACCCUGACCAGUCCCUCUAUUUCUACCCUAUUCCAUCUUUACUCUUUAAUCAACAGACUGAAGUCAGGAAAUCUUAGUGAAAGGAAGUCAGGGCCACAGACCAUGGGCCAUUUUCUAGGUUCCACAGUAUAUUUAGUUGUCCAUUACUCCCAUUUUGGUCUUUGCCCCAGUAAUUUAUCUUUCUACAAUUACUUGUCUCCCACCUCCACCCAACAGAUCUUGAAACUGCUAGGAAAAAAAAUUGUUCCAUGAAGGGAAGGACAGGAAAAGGGAAUCAGCAUUCUUUCGUCCUCUCUUCCAUCUUAGUUCAACCCCUUAAUUCUCCCUGCUUCUCUUUUUCCUUCACCCCUUAUACAGGUCUUCCUCAUCUUUUUUCUUAGCUAAAUAAUUUUUUAAUUGAAUUACAUAGAUUCCAUUCCUUAUGGAAGUUAUAAGAAUGUCCUGGCCAAAGUGUUCUUUGCAAGAUGUAAAAAUGGAAAUGAAUUCUCUCUUCCCCAGUUCCCUGCAUCUGUCCAUAUGCCUUACAGUUCCCCUAUACUACUGGUCUCAAAUCUCUCCUUUACCCUACAAAGCCAUCAGUGUUCUAGCUAUGGAGACCCUUAACUCCUAGCUCUGUUCUUGGUAUGUGUGCUGCCUAGCCAAAACAUCUUCCUUCCUGUGCCUAAGUUCAAAAAAAAACCUUUAAUUUGCAUACUUGUAUCACUUUGCUCUUCACAAAUUAAGUUUCUUAUAUAGGAACUCCUUACUUCUGGAUGGUUCAUCUCAGGACUGAAUCCCUGAAUCCAGCUCCCCUUUCUACCACCUCCAACUUUAAUGCAGAGAGAAUUUUUUUGGUUUUGGUUUUUGAUGAAAGAUCUUUCUAGCCUGGCCCAGCCAACACAGUACAUUGACCAUGGCAUGGAGAUUCUCUGGCCAAUUCAUAAAUGUUAGACCUGAAAAAAAGGCCUAGAAGGUCAUCCCUUCAAAAUUCAUCAUUUUACAGAAGGACUCCUGAGAGUAACUUAGCAGCAAAAUCAAGUCUAAAACUGAAGUGUCCUGAGUCUCAAUCAGGCUCAAAUGCAAUUUCAUAUUGCUCAUGAAGCUUAGCUUUUCUGCUUUAGUUAUUAUUCAGAAAACUUCUUCCAGGGAGCUUAGAGGGAGCCAGCCGAGGCAAGAAGUUCUUUUGUUCUGUAUCAUCCAUGAUUUUAAAUAAACUACUCCUUGAGCCUU